GACGCUGCCGGGUUUGCGGUUGGGAGGCCGUUUGCGACCCCGUCCGCUCCGCACGUGAGCAGUGGCGUCCGCGGACGGGCGGGGCAGGAUGGAGGAGGCGGCGGAGGCGCCGGGCGCUUGGCUCAGCGGGGACAGCGGUAACGUCUCGCAGAGCCCCAGCAGCGCGUCGGGCAUCGGGGAGGAGGGCGGCGACCCCCCGGAGCUGCUGCUCAGCCGCGCCGCCGCCGCCUACUCCGCCUACCUGCUCCCGGCCGGGCUCGAUUUCUGCGCGCAGAUAGAAAGUUUAGACAAGAGUCUAGAAGAUUUGCUGACCAGGGUUGAUGAAUUUGUAGGGAUGUUAGACAUGAUUCGAAGUGAGUCUUCUCAAGUAGUCAAUGAAAGGGUACCUCAGAUUCACACAAAAGCUACAGAAAUGAGACACAUAUAUAGAAAGAUUGACAAACUAGAGGCCUUCGUAAAAAUGGUUGGAAAUAAUGUGGCUGGACUGGAGGAGCAGGUCACAAAGGCAGAAACAGACCUUGGAACUUUUCCAAACACCUUUAAAAAAUUCUUACACACUAUCAGUGUACCAUCCUUUCUUAACAAAUCAUCUUCCUCACGGCAACAUCAGACCCUGUAUGAGCCUCCAGCCCUUUUCAAGACUGAAGACUACUUUCCGUGUCUCAGUGAGCCACCUUAUUCAUGAUUUUGCUUUUGGGUUGACAUGAAUCCAGAAGAGAAAAUGGCAAGUGAACAAAAGCAGUGCUCAGAGUUGCUGCAUUUCUAUGCAUAUCAAUGGCAGAUUGCCAUCCUGACUGUUUGCCACUAUCUGUCUUCAGACAGUAUUAUAAGCAGACUUGAACUAUUUGUGUAUGAUAUAUGAUUAUAGAAGUCUUCCUAAAGCAAAGCUAUAAACUUUCAGGUUAAGAGAGAGAAAUUGGUAAGGGCACUCUUGCAAUUGAUUUUUCAUUUUUAAAUACUCCCUAAUAGGAAAAUGGAUAAAUAGGAAAUGUCCUUUUUCUCCCCAUAUUGUAAUACUUUAAUUCUGUGCUGCUACCAAUAUUAACAUCUAUACCACAAUGCUUCUAUUUUUUUUAAGUAGCCCUGUGGUAACUGAGAUGAGAGAAGGACAAAGCUCUCUACGUUAAUGUCCCCAAGGAAUGGCUCGAGUCCUGGUCUUCAACAUCUGAGAGCAUGUAUUAAAAAUACAUAGCAGUAAGAUCUCCACAGUUCUAUGAACUGCUAACUCCACCAAACUCUGUAGCAUGAGAACAGGAAUGUGAUGACCGCUGUAGAAUUUCAAGGGUAAAAGUCUAAUCUUGGAAGUUCUGUUUGAUACAUGUAUACAACCUUGACUUUUGUAAAUGCCAAAAUUCUAUCUGUAUGAUUACCAAAGCUCUUGUAAUUAAAAUGAUGUAAUUAAAGUUGAAAUAGUUUAUUUGUA